AUGGUAGAUGCUGGUGAUAAUAAAGAUACAGAAAUCAGGAGUACACAUGAAAAACAGGUUCUUCAUGCAGCAGAGUGUGGGAGUCGUGAGAUUGAAGCAUUGAAGAGGAUAGAGGGUGAAGCUCCACCACCUCAGCACCAGAGAGUGUAUGGAGUAGCAAUGCCUCCUCCUCCAUCAUCAUCCAAUGAGAUGGAUACAACACCGAUUGCCAUGGAGAAGGAAGAUGCUGACCCUACUCCAUCUUCCUCCGCACCCAAACGAGUGUAUGGAGUAGCCAUGCCCCCUGCCAUGCCUAAGGAGCAGUCCAUAGAUGCUAUGGAGGAGGAGGAGGAGGGGGGUGUGGUUCCAGUGAAAUCUAAGAAGAUGUACGGUCCGGCUAUGCCCCCACCAAGUAUGCAGAAUACAACAGGAAAGAGACUGGUAAAAGGUCCCUCUCGAGGGCCAAGCAAGGCAGGGGUCAAAGGAGACGGAUCAAGUCACCAGUCUGUAGGAGGUAUGCUGGCAUCAUUAAGGGAUAAUGAAGGAGAGAAGAUGGAAGAGAGUGAGGAUUACACGGAUUGGCAGCCUCCUACAGAUCAAAAAGGAGAUGGACGCACCUCGCUGAAUGAAAAACUAGGGUAUUGAACAUCAAGAAUAUAGAAAAAACAUUGUAACUUGACAUGAAGGAGUUAAUGAAUAAUAGUGAUUCAUCCUCCAGAAGUAUUGUAGUUGAGUGUUGUAUACUCUUGAAUGGAUUUGCAAAGUUCAUGAGUUAUAAACCCUGGCAUGGCACUUAGUAAGACAUUUAUUCACUUUUGUUGCUCUCCACCCAGGUUUAGUAUUUGGGUACCUGUUAGGGAGAAAGUAUUUGAAUGCUUUGAACUCCGAUAUUGCCAGCCUUGCUGAAGCUGAAGCCAGUGUAACAUUUUGGAGUGCCUUAAAGCAUGGACUUAUACAAGUACAUAAUAUCAUGAUUUUAAAAUUGAUUAAUAUAGAUGACAGAAAAGUCAAUGUGUGUCUUAAAUCUAUACACUAAAAUGUUAAAACUUGAUUUAGAAGCAAUUUUUAUUGGUUAAAUUCAGGGUUUCUAUUUACCAUUCAGUUUGAUGCACAGAAACUAUGAAUUUACCUUUUUUUUUUAAAGGUUACAGCGGUGUACAUUUUGAGAUGUAAAUUCGAAAAGAAUAACAUAAUUUCAGAAAUUUGACAAGCAUACAGUUUCUCUCAUUCUCUUUGGAGUAACGUAGAAAGAAGAUUGCAUGACUACUUUGACUAGUAUUAAAAAAAAAGGAACAAAGAUUCACAUUGAUUGAAAAUAUACCUCACUCUGAAUUUAUCAAUGUUCGUUUAAAAUUUGGUAUUUUAGCUAGCAUUUUUUCCCCUUCCAGUUUCAUUUUUAUUUGAGAACUUAACAUCACCUGAAGGAGUUCACAGGACUUUACGCAAUUAUUCAUUGUGCAUGUGAUGUGUGACAUCAGUUCAGCAAAAUAUACAUCAGAUAAGGAUUGCAAUUCAUUUCUAAACUGCUCAUGCACCAUGUAAGCCUGCACGUAUGGCACGCACCUAGUACUGCCAUCCUCCCAAUGUUUGCUUUGAGAUAAGACACUGUCUUUCCACCUGCUCCUCAGUCUCAGACUGGUAAAAUACCCUAACCUUUAUACACAUAUCAUCUUCAUCAAUUUCUAGCAGUAUGCUGCUUUUGAAAAAUGUCCACCUCAAUUUUCAUUGGUCACUAAUAAAUCAAACUAAUGAAAGUUUACUGGAAAUUCAUUUAAACUUUCACGGUCGGUGAUCUAUUUUUGUGAUGUACAAAGGGGCAUGAUGAUAUGAUAUAGGGAGAGAAUGGAAGCAAUCAUGUGAAAUUACAUGCCUUUUCUUUUUGUGUGUGGGUAAAUUUAAGAAACAAUCUGUUAUGUGAUUUAUUCUCUGCAGUCAAUUUCGAUCAGUGUAUUUGAGAUGCUAUUGGUUAUCCUCCAUUGUGGAUGAUUUUGUUCAUACAUGAUUGUAUAGUUUCAUAUAAAACACUGUUGCAUAUUGUUAUAAUAAAUUCAUUUAUUGUA